UAUGUAAACUUUACCCAUGAAGUUUUAUACUCUGUCCUAUAAAAUUAUAUUACAUAUUGAAAUUGUAUUUUCAGUAUAUGCAUAGUACACAUUGAAUAGUACAUAUAUAGUUUAUACACUUUUAAUCAGUACCAUGAUGGUAUAAAUCCUACUUAUUAUCCAUAUUCCUUGUGGAUAUGAAUACUAUAUAUCAUCUGUACCCAGUAUCUCUUAUACUUUCUGCUGAAAAAUUUCACUACAUAUUUAAACUGUAUUUUUACUCUGUAUUAUUCCAUAUGGAUAUAAAUACUAUAUAUGAACAAUACCCAGUAUCUUUUAUACCAUAGUCUAAUUUUUUUGUAAAAAUGUUCAAACUGUAUAUAUAGUAUGUACAUAGUAUAUUCAGUACACUUUUUUCCACAUACAUAUGAAUACUAUAUAUAAACUCUACCCAGGAUCUUUUAUACCCUGUACUCAUAAAUUUUAUUACAUUUUAAAACUGUAUUAAUAGUAUAUACAUGGCAUAAUUAGUAAACUAUUUUCCAAUUGGUAAAACUCUAACCAUUCUUUUUUAUACCGUAUUUAAAAAUUUCAGUAAAUAUUUAUACUGGUUUUUGAUACCUUGAUCAACUAUCUCAUUGAUCCCUCUUUUGCGGUUGAUUAUGGUUGAUUUUGUGAUCUUCUUCAUUUUAAGCUUGACCACUACAUAACCUGUGAAAGUAACAUUAACAGAAAUGUACAUAUAAUAUGUUAUGUGUAGGUGUCAUCUAUGGCAAUCUGGUUUCAUGAACCAUAUAUCAUAUAUGCCCUGACAUGUAUAAGCCACCAUGUUGGUUAUGGUGUUUAGUGCUUAUUAAGGCCCAUCCCAUAAGACUGUCAGAUACCCUGCCAGCCACAAUAGUGGCCUUCGGAACUGCGUGGUCUGGCAGUCCGUUGGCCUGAAAAUGACUAACCACUUGCCACCCAAAAUCCCGAAUCUGUGUCAUAUGCAUUUCAUGUUAUGAGUAUGUAUUGUUGUGUAAGUGAAGCAUAUGUGAAAUAGAUUUGAAACAUGAAAUGACAAUACAUUUUUUUCAUACACAUUUUGACAUUCAUAAUAUCAUUGUCAACCACUGUGUCUUCACAAAAACAUAUGUAUUCAUGUGUGUACAUUGCAUUACAUUUCAACACUUAAAUAGGAAACUAAACAUGGGUCAAUAUUUCAUGAAAUAGCAAUGGCCACACAAUUUGCAAAAUACAAAACAGUUUACUUAGUUUCCACAAAACACAUAAGAUACUAAACAUAGCAUAUUUCUUUCACUUGAAUGCAGUAGUAUAUUCAUGUCAUGUUAAGCCAACCAAACUUCAUUCCCACACAAGUGUUUUCAUUGAAGUACUUCUGGUUGAGUGUUAUAAUCCGACCUGAUCUUCUAGGUAUCAUAGGUCCUGCAUCUAAGCAUUCUUGACAGUAUGUGCAUAAGAAAUUCCCAGUAUUCGUUUUCUUGUUUACAGGCCUCAUGCAGUAAAAGUGAGAAAUAUUUCCAUUACACCAAAAGCAUGUUUCCAACCGAUACAGUCCAGCCCCUUUUCCACAUGCAUGACACUGUGUGUCACAUUGUAUAGGAGAACACUUUGAACAUGCACAGCUUCUCAUCUUUAACAACACAACUUAGACAUGUCAUUAAUCAGUUUUUAAAAUAAGUUGAGUCCUGUUUGUAAUAAAAUGUAAUUUUAUAAUUUGUGGCCCAACCUGUUUUAUCACACAAUUGCAUAAAAAUCAUUAUUGAAACUUUAAUGCAUACCUUUCGCUUGGAAGGGAAGUGCUUCAGUCCAGCUUUUAUACUUCAGCCUUGCACACACAACUUCUACUUCGUUUUUAUGGUUGAGGUCAUAAAUGAUUUUUCAGAGCAAAGAGUAAAUGCAUCUUCGAAGCAUUUAUGCAGUGAGUUUUGAACUUGGUACAUAAAUAUGACUUGAUCUCAGACUUCAUUAAAUUCCAGCCGACCUAGCAGCCAUCCUAGCAUUGAGAAAUGCUGCUCUACUGACUUGCAAUUAAUGCCUGGCAGUUCACUGUUUGAAUUAUAAAAAGAUUUUGAACUUCUUAUAUGGUAUCCGAUUGUGCAGGUUAUUGACCAAAGGGCUUUGGUGUCCAUUUGAAGUUUAGCAUGCUCUGUAUAAGUCAUGUAGAUCUCUGUAUAGGCCAUAGAUUCUGGAACCUUUAGAAGGUUGCCAAUCAUGUAAUUGUUUUUUGGUCUGUAAUAGUUAAUUAGUUGAAAUUAGGAAGUGCAGGUCAUCUUGCCCAGCCAAGUUUUUAUACAGAGGAGGCAAUGGAAGAUCCACAACCUCAAAAAUUACGGGAAAAGAUCGAUGCCUAUAAAACAAUGGUAUGGGAGGCUUAUAGAAGCAAGCCAAUCUCAAUAUGGAUUCUGCUACUCCUAAGUUCAGCAUCUAUGCUAGUUGCAUUUCCCGCUUCCAGCCUCUUGUCCCGCCUUUAUUUUGCCAACGGCGGGAAGAACAAAUGGAUUAUUUCAUGGGUUGCGGUUGCGGGUUGGCCCCUCACUGCCCUCAUCUUGGUCCCCAUGUACUUUUUUCUCGAAAUACAUCCCACUCCAUUGGACCUCAAGUUGAUCAUCUCUUAUGUUGUGUUGGGAUUUUUAAGUGCUGCUGAUAAUCUCAUGUAUGCUUAUGCCUAUGCAUACCUUCCGGCUUCUACCGCCGCUCUUAUUGCAUCCACUUCACUCGUUUUUUCCGCACUUUUCGGGUUCCUACUAGUGAAAAACAAGAUGAACGCAUCUAUUAUUAACUCGAUCGUGAUCAUCACUGCUGCCAUGGUCAUUGUUGCAUUGGAUUCUAACUCCGACAGAUACGGGUACAUUACUAGCCAUGAAUACGCAAUGGGGUUUGUGUGGGAUAUUGUGGGCUCUGCCCUUCACGGGCUGAUAUUCGCUCUGUCGGAGCUGAUCUUUGUUAGACUGCUCGGCAGGAGAUCUUUCCAUGUCGUGUUGGAACAACAGUUAAUGGUUUCGCUCUUUGGGUUCCUCUUCACGACGAUCGGGAUGGUCGUGACAGGUGGUUUCCGGGGUAUGAAAUCCGAGGCGGCGACUUUUGUGGGCGGGAAGUCUUCGUACUAUCAAGUGAUCGUUUGGUCCAUUUUAACCUUCCAAUUCGGUGUUCUUGGAAGCACGGCGGUUGUGUUUAUCGCGUCCACCGUGCUCGCGGGUGUCCUAAAUGCUAUAAGAGUGCCGAUCACAAACAUUGCUGCAGUUGUGUUGCUGAGUGACCCUAUGAGUGGGUUCAAGAUCAUUUCUUUGAUGAUUACAUUUUGGGGAUUUGGCUCUUAUAUAUACGGCAGCUACCCCAUGAAGAAAGAUUCAUCCUCACACAAUGAAAGCAGAGAAACAAGAGAAGAUUCAUCCUCACACAAUUGAAAGAUAUAUAUACUUGUAUUCUGAUUCAUAAUUUAUGAUAGGCCAAUGAUAAACCUUAUGUCUUUUCCACUUUGUGCUGUGGCACCAUUCUUAGGACACCUAGUAUUUUUUUUGGAGAGGACUCCUCCACUAUAGUGUAUUAUUACUAGUGCAAUCAUGAGUGUAAGUUAUUGAUAUUGUUUUCAAAAAAAAAAGGAAAAUAAUGAAACAACAUAUAUACUUCGUACAUUAGUUUGUAGCAAAUGUGAUGUUAUUAGGAGAAAAGAGAGACUUUAA